ACCAGGAAGCUGCGGCGGUGUUUACCUCAGCGCUGCGCCGCCGAGCAUCCUCGGUUUUGCCGUGACCUCGAACCCGAUCGGAGGAGAUGACUCCGUCCUGUUCGCCGCCUCUCCGCCGGUACUGAGCCGUCCUGUCGCCAUGGCGUCUUCGGGCUUCACCUGCGGCCCGGACAGCCCCGCAGAAAAGCAGAGACUGCUGUCCUCCAAGUCCGGCUACGGAUCCCAGGACGCGUUCGGAUGCUCUGGUCUUGCGGGCGCCCAGUUCCGCGGGCAGCCACGGGAUGAAGACGAGGAGGAAGAGGCUCUGAGGAGGAAACUCAAGUACUUCUUCAUGAGUCCUUGUGACAAGUACCACGCCAAGGGGCGCAAACCUUUCAAACUGGGGCUGCAGCUGCUGAAGAUCGUCAUCGUGACUGUGCAGUUGGUGCUGUUCGGUCUGAGCAACCAGAUGGUCGUGACUUUCAAGGAGGAAAACACGGCGACGUUCAAGCACCUGUUCCUGAAGGGUUACCAGGACAACCGUCCACAGGCUGUCCACAAUCAGUCGGAGCUGUACAGCCGCAUCGGCUUCGUCGUAGAGCAGUACAUGGCUCUGCCUCAGAUCGCACUGGGCCGGUAUGCAUACGUGAAGGGCGUGGGCGUGGACGGGAGCGCUCUCUCCCUCUGCCAGAGGUACUUCAAGAAGGGCGCCAUCGAUCCCGUCAACGACACGUUUGACAUCGACCCCCAUGUCGUCACAGAUUGCAUCGGUCUCGAUCCGACCGCCGACAGCCCUGUGACGAGAAACGCCGACUACAAGAACUUCACCCUCCAGUUUUACAAGCUGAUCAACGUUACGGUUGACUUCCAGCUGAAGGCCAUCAACAUUCAGACAAUAAUCAAUAAUGAAAUCCCCGACUGCUACACCUUCGCCAUCACGAUCGUCUUCGACAACAAAGCUCACAGCGGCGAAAUCAAGAUCCUCCUCCAGAACCAGGCCUCCAUAAAGGAGUGUAAAGACACAAACGUGUCCGGACACGCGGAGAGCUACGCCAGAGAGUUCUUCGACGUGGUGGUGGCGAUCGUCUGCCUGCUGUCGCUGCUGCUCUGCGGCCGCUCCAUCCUCAGAGGAAUCCUCCUUCAACGGGAAUACGUUCGCUUUUUCAAGCACAAGCUGGAGCGCACGGUCAGCUGGGGGGACAGGAUGGAGUUCAUCAACGGCUGGUACAUCCUACUCGUCGUCAGCGACUUGUUCACCAUCAUCGGCAGCUUCAUCAAGAUCGGGAUCGAGUCCAAGACUCUAUCGUCGUACGACGUGUGUGGGAUCCUGCUGGGAACGUCCACUCUGCUGGUGUGGGUGGGAGUCAUCCGCUACUUCAGCUUCUUCCAGAAAUACAACAUCCUGAUAGUGACUCUCAGAGCUGCUUUUCCGAACGUCAUCCGCUUCUGCUGCUGCGUGGCUGUGAUUUAUUUGGGAUACUGCUUCUGCGGAUGGAUCGUCCUGGGGCCCUACCACACCAAGUUUCGCUCCCUGUCCACGGUGUCUGAGUGCCUGUUCUCCCUCAUCAACGGGGACGACAUGUUCGUGACGUUUGCUGAGAUGGAGCAGAGCGGCACCCUGGUGUGGGUCUUCAGCCAGGUCUACCUCUACACCUUCAUCUCCCUGUUCAUCUACAUGGUGCUGUCCCUCUUCAUCGCGCUCAUCACCGGAGCCUACGACACCAUCACGGCCCAAACGAGGGAGCAGGCGCCGGAGACGGACCUGCACGCGUUCAUCGCGCAGUGCGCAGACACGCCCAGCUCCGGCAAGUUCCGCGGCCCGGACGGGUCGUCGUGCUCCUUCCUCUGCUGCUGCUGCCAGUGACGCUCAGCAGGAGGGCUGGCGGAGCGAACCGGCUGACCUUGGGCCACUUUUGUCCUUCGGUGCCAGCGUUUCAGUUUUGGAUUUAAAUUUGUUCGGCACAGUCGCAGGUCCAAUUAACCUGCCUCCGUUUUUGUACUGUAUGAAUAAUCUGCUGCCUUUCGCUCAGUCUUUCAGGCCUUAGGUUGCCAGACCCGCGGCGCCAGGGAACAGAAAUUCAUUGCUCAAGACUUGGAAAUGGGUUUUCAUCAAGUGGAAUCAGGGAACCUUUUUGCUUGGUUCCUUAACAAAAGCCGGUUUGCUUACUGGUGAGAAAAGAGCAAGAGGAGAAACAGUGACACGCCCAGAGGCAUUCUUCACUGUUGCUCCUGGUUGCUUAUUAGUUAGCUAACCAAGCUAUAUUUUGAAUCAGGCAAAUGGUUGUGUUUUAUUUGUUUUUUAAUUAAAAAAUAUAACAUUUUACAAUAUUUCCACUGUGAACAACCUCAAUCAUUGAGACACUGAAUAUCAAAAGCGAGCGAUUCUAGCAUUCAAUAACAUGGAAGCUUUUAUUUGAAGCUAAUUUGCUCUCAGCAUCAACCUUAGCAAACAUUAGCUAUCACUUAGCAUGCUAGCAACUUUGGAAUGAUUGUUUUAUUCUCUUUUUCUUGUACUUUUUAUGAUGCAUUGUUACUUUAAAGGGACAGAGAACAUGUUACUGUCUGAACUCCGUUUAGGACAGAUCUUUUUUAGGGUGAACAUUUGUGGAAGUUUUAUAGAUUAUUUUAUUUUACGUUGUAGAUUAAACCUACAAAAGAGAAAUUGUAUUGCAGCACUUUUAAAAUUGAUCUUUAUUAUUCUGUAAUAUAUGAAAAAAAUAGUUAAUAUAAGCUAGUUUGCAAUCUCAUAGCGUUGACCCUUGCUGACAUUAGCUAGCAUUUGAAAAUGUGUUUAGUCUUUGAAAUUUCAGCAUUCUUGGUCUUAUUCUCUUUUCGCUCAUUUUGUUCUUAGUUUGUGUUCAAAUCUAUGUUUUUUCCAUGUUGACAUUGAACGUAGGCAGUUUUGAUUAUUCUGUUUGUUGUUUUAUUGUUAACUUGAGAAAGUGUGAUAGCUGGUUAUUUCAUCUGGGUAUGAAAUGCUCUCCUUUGUAUGCCUUUAAAAAUAUUGUUUAUGAAAACUUUUGAAAGUGCACUAAUCAUUCCAGGACUUUUUACUUGUUUUCUGUCGUUUGUGGGUUUUAUUGCUUUUUUUGCACUUUAAUUUAAACACAUAAACUCUUUUUACAAUCGCAAAAGUAAUGAUUGUAGUUGAUUCAUGUGCACAGAAAUUGUAAAGCUUUACUUAAUUUGACGGUGACGCAUCAUAGUCAUUAACAGAGCGAAGCAUUGUAAGUGUAAUGUAUGAGCCGGUCUGUGUUUAGUUAUAGGAAGGCCAUUUCCAUUUCUCACUGUGUUUGUUAGCAUGUACUUCUGCCUUUUUCAUUUUUACCUCAGUUUCAGAAGAGACAAUAGCAAAAAAGGGGGAAGCAGUUAGCAUGGAGCGUUAUACACGGUCCGACUCAGUUUUCUGUACUGAUGCUGUCUUAAUGACGUGCACACUUCAGUUAAAUAAACCGAAAAAAGGAUGAGCAUUGCUGUAGUUUGCUUUUUGUUUACCGUUUCAUCGACAAUUCCACAUAUUUUCGAAAGAGUUGAUCUUUUAGAGCUUUGACCUCAAUGUUAGGUGAGUUUCAGAGCUUAAAAGGUGGGAGAGGUUGUUCUCAUAUUGUUAAGUUUAGGCAUCAGCUACUCAAAAGGCUAAAUGCGACACAAAUUAACUGAUGUUUAUGCUAACAACUAUUAGCAUCAGGGGUGCAACUUUGUACUUUCUGAGGUGUAUGCAGAUGCAUUACAGAUCACGGCAUUAAAACAUGCACAAACCUC